AUGGAUACCAAAUCCAACAUGCGGCCAUCACGGCCGCAAAGCGUGAAAGAUCUGGUCGCCCAAGCCGAAAACUUCAAUUUCAACGCAAACAUUCCAUUCAAGCAUUGGGCAAGAGCCUCCGAGACCCUCCACCAGGAAGCCGCAUUUGCACUGUCGGAAGGCGAUUAUGGACGAGCGUACAUGAUGCUGUAUCGACAUUCGGUCCUCGUUCUGGAAAAGCUUCGCAAACACCCGCAGUACAAGGAUCCGGAGAACCGUCCGGUUGUUCAAGAGCUUUCGAAGCGCAUGCGAACCGUGCUCGCCGACCUAGAAAACAUCAAGCCCAUUAUCCAAGAGGAGCACCAAGAGUGGGAGCGCAGGAACCCCGCGGAACCUGGCCCUACGAAACCGGCCCGUUCCGGCCCUCCGUCGAGCUACGGGGGCUUUGCUUCCAGGGACCCUACGCUCAGCGGCAAUGCCACUGUGCUGGAUGCGUCCGAAAACCAGGAGCUGGCCGUUGAACUUGCGCAAAAGGAGCUUGCCCGAAGAGACACGGAAAGGCAAGCAAACAGACAUGCCAGGGUAUACGGGGAUACCAUCUUGCCGUCGCGCUUCAACGACAGUCAACGGAUCGACCUGGAUCUUCAGAGCCAGAUGGAGGCUGCUAGAAGAUCUGCAGCUUCCCCGCAACAAGAAAGCCUCGAGCCCAGCCGCCGCCGCUCGCCAUCGAGCCGCCAUUCCGUCUCAAAAACAUACGCAUAUCCGUCCAUAUCAAGAUCCAAGCCUGUUCAAUCUGACGACCUCCAUCAACCACCGCCACCACCUCCACCACCACCCGCUCGUAGUCUCCCUCCGCCAAGUAGGCCGCCUAAAGAAUACUCGGCCAUUCCUUCUCUUCCUCAUGCGGAUUUCCCACAUGGGUUCAGGGACGUGCGGCCGCCUCUCCCUCCGCAAAAGGUUCCGACGAUGGACCCGUUGCUGGCGCGCUACUCAUCUUCGAUUAGCGCGCACGGCAGACCUCCUGUGCCUCCUCCGAAGGGUGCCGCGGAGACGCCUCCUUUGCCCAAGAAGGAGAGACUGGCGUUCAAGCCUGGGGCGUAUUUGGAGAAUGGCGACCCAAUCCGCUCCGUCUUCCUCCCGUCCAAACUCCGAGCGGCCUUCCUGGAUGUUGCCUCGGGAAAUACAAGACGAGGCUUGGAGAUGUGCGGCAUACUGUGCGGCACGCCUGUCAACAAUGCAUUGUUUGUACGAUGCUUGCUAAUACCAGACCAGAAAUGCACUUCAGACACGUGUGAGACGGAGAAUGAGAGUGCCAUAUUCGACUACUGCGCAGACCAAGACCUCAUGGUGCUUGGAUGGAUUCAUACGCACCCUACCCAAACCUGCUUCAUGAGCUCGCGGGAUUUGCACACCCACGCUGGGUAUCAAGUGAUGAUGCCGGAGAGUAUCGCCAUUGUCUGCGCACCCAAGUUCACGCCAUCAUAUGGCAUUUUCCGGCUCACGCACCCGCCCGGCCUAGAUCACAUUCUCGAUUGCAGGCAACCGGAAACAUUCCACCAGCACUCGAUCAAUAACCUCUACAGAGACACGGAACACCCUCAUGGCCACGUUUACGAGAGCGAAAAGAUGCCCUUUGAAAUCAAGGAUCUCCGCACAAAGUAA